AUGAACGGCAGCAAUUGGUAUUGCGACCCACAGGAUCCUGAGAACUACAUAUGGCAUUCACGAGCGUCUCCUGACCGCAACUCCCCAUCUAGCGCCCCCCCACCCUCUUAUUCUGAUUUGCCCCCUGCCACCAUUACUGGAAACUCUGAAUCAGCUGCAGGUUCCAGCUCUGCCACGGGUUCCAGGUCUUCGCGGGCUUCUACAAACUCGGCAAACAAUCGUACCCGGUGGAGAGGUAACCCUGACUCUCCUCCUUGGCCCAACCCACCCUUGGUAUCACGUCAGGGGGAAGGUAGCUCUGCGUCAUGGAAUGACCUGUCCUCAGCCUCUCAGGAUGCAGAUUCUCAGCGUCUCACUCAACACCAGCAACGGAUUUUGUCUGCAGCUGCAGCAGCACGACGUCAGCGUCAAUCAUUGGUUGGAUCUUCUCAGGACUCUGCGACUAUCGGUAACUCUCAGACCCUUGAACAAUCUGUGUUAUUCACAUGUGAUGCGGAUUUCUUCAAUCAUGGAGCUUCCCACCCGUCCUUAUCUUCUCUCAUGGCAUCAGCCGACUCAGGUACUUCUGCUCCUCCUGGCUCUGAAGAAACACCAGAAAUGCCCCAGGACGAUGACGAUGAAGAUAUGAUGUAA